GGCCCCAGAGGAAGAAUGGCGAGCCGGUGACGGGUGUUGUGCCUGACGAAUCUGCAGGUAUCACGAGGUCGACCACGUCGUAUCCCCCGAAAACCCCCUGCCUUUCCCCUAAUGGGAGGCUAGGGAGACGGGGACACUUAUACACCCCGUCUUCCAACCUCCAGGUGCCUCCGCCCCUUGCCGCUGCAUGACCACAUCGUUGGCCCGAGAUGACCAAAGCAACAAAGGCCAUUCACGCUCUGCUCUCUCACCUUUACUCUCCGACGGCCGCAUUUGGAGCCAAUACUCAAGCGCUCGGUUACACGAGAUCUCGCUUCUCGAGGCUGGGGAGGCCAAGUCUCGGCAAGGGCGCCGCUCUGGCGCGAUCUGCGCAGGGGUAUACGCCACGCCGAUCGGCUUGGACCCUUUCGAGCAUGCGAUCCCUGCUACUCUGAUGCUGUCCUUGUCCACCUGGCCUGCUAUGUCGACCUCCACAUCGCUCUGCUCCCUCAGCGAUGAGAUGGAUGAGGGACCGCUCAUGGUUGACUGCAACCUACCCGAGCUUCUCGUACGAGACCUAGAUGCCUCGGAAGCGAUCUUCACGUCCAAAGACAUGACCGCCGGCUGCCCCUGUGCCGGCCUCGCUGCGCCCGAAUUCGAAGUGGGGCCCUCCUUUCCACGGCCGAUUCUUCCGUACCGACCAAGCUAUCCGGCACAACUCCCCAUGAAUCGGCCUGACCAGCGUGCUCUCGUGAGGGAUGGAGCAACACCCUGCGUGCCGCCGCAUGACGAUGGCAUGCAACCGGAGGCAAAAACCGGACCACCAGACUCAUCCAGUGUGAUGUUGCUAGGAAUGGGGCCCCUUUCCAUCCGAACUCGACAGCAGUCGGGUGCUACAGCGGCCACGUCGCUUUCUGGCCGCUGCUCUUCCUUGUUUUCCCAGAAUCUUUCACCCACCACGCCCGUGCUCUCGCCAUGCUCCUCAAACCGUGACAGCAGCUCACAUGGCACCUGGUACGAGGCCGAAGAAGAGUCGUCCGGGGAUCAAGUUAGCUCCGUUUACACUGGGAGGACUUCGAUUUCUGAUCCUCCCCAAACCAUCCUCAACGUUGAUAACGACGACAGCGGCAUGGCUGCACAGCGUGGUUCGGCCACUAACGAGGCUGAAUGCCCUACGGUUCACGACGAUUAUGACGGCAGCGAUUCACGGCCGCACUUGCCCCCGAGCCAUGCGCAGCUGGAAAAGCCGCGGAUUAUCGACAUCCCACCGGCGCCGCCUGGCCUCAAACGGGCCUUGUCCACCAUGAGGAGAGCGCGUGGUGCGGACUCGGUGUCUGUAGCGUCAGAUCCCCAGGAAACGCUGGCAGCGGUCCCGCCCACCAUCGAGCGGCACCGGCAGGGCGCGCAUUGUGGAGGCUUGCAGGGCGAACCCGUCAUUCACUUGCUCUCAACGGCUAACGGCCGAACGGUCAUUGACGCAUCCGGGCCCGCCUCCACGAACCAGCCCAUCAGGGACGAAACCCGCAAUGAUGUCCCUGUUCGUAAUGUGCCUUCCGCGGCGGUUCACGGGGGCAAAAUCCUUGAUCGCGGAGAAGAAUCCAGCGCCAACACAGUCGCUGAGGAACCUACGGCGGCUCGCAAACCCCCACUGCCCGACUUGCGCCGCAGGUUCGAUGUCAGUGCCGACACGCUGGCAUCGUCGCAGAGUGUCACAGUAUGCACUUCACGCGUCCCUUCUCCCGGGAUUCCACCGCCUCCGGAAGUAAUUGAGUCACUACGGGUGUCGAUAUCCUGCUUCCCUGAGACGAUGCUCCUUACCUCCAGUCUUUCAAUCGAGACGAUCCGAGCCUACGCCAAAAAGGUAAAGCACCAAGCAAACCUGGCCCGCAAUCUAAGGAACACAAUCAACGAUGCCUUCUAUUCCUCAGCUUCCCACAAUGCGAGGCCCUCGAAACGAUGGAACAUGAGCUGGCUAGGCCACGCUCGGCGCAGCUGCAAGCAUUACCAGCACCAUCAACCGCAGCUGCCGCCUCAGCCCUACGCACUCCCUCGGAGCUCCCAACCGCCCAACUUCGACCUAUCCAUGCCUACUCUCGCCUCGGGAGCACCGUUGACGCCAGUCUGGGCCCCAAUCAAGAAUAUCUUCCCCUCAGCCUCCGACUACCAGUGCGACGCCCUCUACGCACACCUACUCGCCUACAACUACAUCAGCUCACUCUGCUCCGCCACUACCCUACCGCAGACGCCGGUCAUCCCGCCAAAGUCAAGCCACCAGCAGGGACCUGGCGACGACUCGGCGCGCAACCUCAAGGUGCCGCAGAAGGCCGCCACUCUGUUGGGCAUGGACGACCCUAUGUCCGCCGCGGCGGCGUACCAGCACCGUCAUCAUCGACAGUUCCAGUCUCCGUAUUUCGGAGGUUUGUCGCCCAACGGCAGGGGGCUCAGCGGGCUGAGCCGGCGGACGGGCAGCGCAGAGGGCAGUAGCCACGCGCUUCAGGAUUCGGUCUUCCUCCCUCCGCGGUCCAGCUCGCGCAGCGCUGGGGUCGGGAACAGCCCCGAGGGGUCCGGAUCGGGGUCGGCGGCGAUGAGGGAAAUCCAGGCCGGGCUGGGGAGGUGUGUUGGCCUGCUGGUUAAGACCAUGACUGCGGCUGGUCCUCGAUCUCCCUGCGGAAGUAAGAAGACGUUUGCUGGUGGCGAUGAUGAGUCGACCCCGAGUCUGCCGGUUGGCGACGCAUCGUCGGAUGGCGAGGUGGGCGAGGGAAUCGAGCCUGUGUUGAUGAGGGCGCUUUGCGAGGUGGUGAGGUGCGCCGAGGAGGGCAAUCUCUGCGGGAUGUGAGGAGAGGUUGCGUUAAGGGUUAGCCUCGGUGUUUGGAAGGGCGGAAUGGCGGGUCGGGCCGCGUUUCCCAUGACGCAUCACGAACUGCGGAGGACAUGCUGCUUCGUCCAGGGCAGGCUGGUGGGAUAUAUGACUUCUCGUUGCUUUCGUUCUGCGCCGCUUUUCUUUCU